GUCCACUCCGAAAAUUCAAUGUGAGUGCCGCAAUAUGAAAUAUGUUGCACACGCCAUUCUCCACGCGUGAUAGAAUGAUCUCUGAUCAUCUCUUUUAACAGACAGCCACCAUCUUUUAACGAAGAAAGGAAGAAGAAAGUGAGAGAGAUAGAGAUAAAUCCGGUUCAAGGAUCCGGUUUACUCGCCCGUACCGGUGUUAGAUUACCUUUACGCUCUCCGCUUAUUUUCGAUUCUUUCUCAUGGGUUUGGGGUUUUUCAUGAAUUUUUAGGUUUUGAGUAAUUCAUAAACUUAGUGAUGAUCCCGAAUGAUGAUGAUGAUGAUGCAAAUUCUAUGGAGAAUCGUCUGUUAAGGUCAAUUCCGAAUGAUGAUGAUGAUGAUGCAAAUUCUAUGGAGAAUCGUCUGCUGAGGUCAAUUCCGAGGGAGCUUUCACACACUUCUUCAUUGAUACCACCUUCACCAAACCCUUCAGAAGCAGCAGAAAUGUCCUUUAAUUCAGAACACAUCCAAGUCAUGGAAAAUCCUUAUCAUCUACUCUCUGACAAUGGUGGAGCUGUUGGUCAUAUAUUUUCGAGUGAUCUCCAUAACCCUUUUGUCGAACCAGGAUUCAACAUCGCAUCUCCAACAUCUUUCGUCCCCGAGACAUCAGAUUGGAUUCCUUCUCCACUCCCGGAUAUUUUCGAUUUUCCUUCGGGUUCUCCCAAUCAAAUAAUGGAUGAUGGUGUUAUUGAUGAGAUUCACAAACAAAGUGACUUGCCAGUUUGGGAUGACCACCUGAUUACCGAUGGAGAUUCCCUGAUGUCUAGUGUCUUGGAGGAUCUUCUCCUUGACACUAAUUUCAACUCAGCUUCAAAGGUCCAGCAACCAAGUAUGCAAGCGCAGAUUCAACAACCCCAAGUUGUUAUGCAGCAGCCUUCUCCUUAUGCGGAAAUGCGACCACUUGUUAGGACAGUAUCCUCAAACAGCAACAACAAUAACAAUAGUAAUAAUAAUGCAGCAGCAGCAGCUAAGGGACGUAUGCGUUGGACGCCUGAACUUCAUGAGGUUUUUGUUGACGCUGUUAACCAGCUCGGUGGCAGUAAUAAAGCAACUCCUAAGGGUGUCCUGAAGCAUAUGAAAGUCGAAGGUUUGACUAUAUAUCAUGUCAAAAGUCAUUUGCAGAAAUAUAGGUCAGCUAAAUAUACACCAGAACCAUCAGAAGCAGGUCCGCCAGAGACAAAGUUGACACCGCUUGAGCAAAUUACGAGACGUGGGAUAGAUGUCACUGAGGCUCUGCGAAUUCAGAUGGAACUUCAGAAGGAAUUGCAUGAGCAGCUUGAGAUUCAAAGAACAAUGCAACUUCGUAUAGAAGAGCAAGGAAAGGCGUUGUUGAUGAUGUUUGAGAAGCAAAAUAUGGGUUUCGACAAACCGGAACAAGAAGAGAAAAGAAGUGUGAAAACGUCUGAAAAUGGUUUAGAGGAGUCGGAUUCCCCACGGCCAAAGCGUCCGAGAAACGAAGAAUGAAGAACCUUUCUCGGGAUGGUAGAUCAUAAAACUGUGGUUUUGGUGGAGUUGUAGAGUUUGACUUAUUAGGAGUACGAGCUUUCAGUCUUCUUCAGGCCUUCUUCUCUCUUUUUAUUUCUUUCUUAAAACUCUAAUUUUCUGAUUCUCAGCUCACUAGGAAGAAACAAAAAUAAAGAGAAAUUCCAUCUUUGUGAUGUAAUUCUGAAUGCAGAGAUUUUAGAUUUAGUGUUUAAAACUAGAUUUUAUUUCGAGUUUCUUCCUA